CUCCAUCCCUGGUGGAGCGUUCAGAGACCAUCUCAGCUCACUCCAGCAGCACCAUGCACCUCCGUCUCCAGAUCGCUCUGCUCGUUGGGACCUUCUGCUCCGUCCAGAGCUUUGUCAUAAAGACUUCAAAUGAAAGCAGUGCUGACAAUGCAGGCGACUUGGUGAAGGAUGAAGACUUCUCUGUCUCCUCGCUGCUCGAGAGGGCCAACAUUAACGUUGGGAAGGGCCGAAGCGACCCCCUGGUGAUGUUCGGGGACAUCGCGGUGGACCCUGAGCUGAAGAACGCGGACCCGUGCACGGCGAGGGGCUGCCUGUGGCCCCGGGCCACCAACGGGAAGGUCUACGUCCCGUUCCGCAUCAGUAAUCAGUACUCGGCGAGAGAACGGAACACCAUCAUGCAAGCGCUUGCGUCGUUCGCCAGUUCCACCUGCAUCCGCUUCAUCCCCUUAGACCGCCAGAGAGACUUUGUGAACAUCCAGUCCCGCUCAGGGUGCUUUUCCUUCGUGGGGCGCCGGGGGCGGGCCCAGGUGGUGUCACUCAGCCGCCAGGGGUGUGUCUUCGAGUCCGUCAUCCAGCACGAGCUGCUGCACGCCCUGGGCUUCAACCACGAGCAGUCGCGCUCCGACCGCGACAGCAACGUCCGCAUCCUUCUGGAGAACGUAGAGCCGGGACAAGAGUCCAACUUCCGGAAGAUCCAGACCAAUAAUCUGGGGACCCCCUACGACUAUAACUCUGUGAUGCACUAUGGGAGGUUUGCUUUCUCCAGGAACACGCAGCCCACCAUCCUGCCCAUCCCAGACAACAACGCUGUCAUCGGGAGGGCCACGCAGAUGAGCACCCAGGACAUCAGCAGGAUCAACCUCCUCUACCGCUGCAACAGCACAAUCUACAAAUAGAUUUGAACACACCAUAUGGUAGACAUGGCAGAAGAACUAUCAUUGUCAUCAAAAAUCAACAUUGUAAUCCACCAUUAUUAAACAUAUAUCAAACAAAAUGACUUGUAUCAUUGAAGA